GGCCGCCGGCCCUUUAAACCUGCAGGGCCACUCGGAGGGCCGCAGCCGGGGACGGCGCCAAGCGGGGGCCGAGCAGUGCGCAGCGGCGGCAGGGCACUCCGGGGAGCCCAGCUCCCUCAGGCGACGGAGGCUGACUCCCUGUCCAGAUGUUAUGGCCCCGCCUGAGUCCCUGAGCAGGCCCGCGGCAUUUGGGUGGGACGCGGAGGCUCCGGGUGGAUGCCAGAGAGUGGCCCACAAAGUGUGGGCGCUCCGAACCCAGGCGGGAGCUAGGAAUCAGGCCCGGGGCAGUUGAUGGUUUUGACGAAGUAUCUUAAGGUAGCUGGGCCCGCCCCCUCUUCCCCACCUACCUCUUGCCAUCCCCCCCACACCACCACCACCCUGGCUUCCCUCCCUCAUGACCGCCUGGAUCCUCCUUCCUGUCAGCUUGUCAGCAUUCUCCAUCACUGGCCUAUGGACUGUGUACGCCAUGGCCGUGAUGAACCGCCACGUGUGCCCCGUGGAGAACUGGUCCUACAACGAGUCCUGCUCUCCUGACCCCGCUGAGCAAGGGGGCCCCAAGACCUGCUGCACCCUGGAUGAUGUCCCCCUCAUCAGCAAGUGCGGCACAUAUCCCCCGGAGAGUUGCCUCUUCAGCCUCAUUGGCAACGUGGGUGCUUUCAUGGUGGCUCUGAUCUGCCUCCUGCUCUACGGGCAGUUCCUGGAACAGAGUCGUCAUUCCUGGAUUAACACCACAACACUCAUCACAGGCUGCACCAACGCUGCAGGCCUUGUGGUGGUCGGCAACUUCCAGGUGGAUCAUGCAAAGUCUCUGCACUACAUCGGAGCUGGUGUGGCCUUCCCCGCCGGGCUGCUAUUUGUCUGCCUGCACUGUGUCCUCUCCUACCAUGGGGCCACCGCCCCCCAGGACCUGGCUAUGGCCUACCUGCGGAUUGUGCUGGCAGCCAUCGCCUUUGUCACCCUGAUCCUCAGUGGUGUCUUCUUCAUCCAUGAGAGUUCACAGCUGCAGCACGGGGCAGCCCUGUGCGAGUGGGUGUUUGUCAUCGACAUCCUUGUUUUCUAUGGCACCUUCUGCUAUGAGUUUGGGGCAGUCUCCUCAGAGACACUGGUGGCUGCACUGCAGCCAGCCCCUGGCCGGGCCUGCAAGUCCUCGGGGAACAGUAGCACCUCUACUCACCUCAACUGUGCCCCUGAGAGUGUCGCCAUGAUCUGAAGGUCUGGGGAGGGUGGCUGGCCCGGCUUCUGCUGCUCCCCACCCCAUGUCUUCUUUGCAUUUAUUUUGUACCAAAAACAAUUUUGAGAAAGUAUUCUGUUGGGAUACAGGCUUCCUCACUGCUGGAGGAAUGGCCAUCCCACACCCACCUGUGCCAUAGAGGAGCAGGCCCUGGCAGCUGCCUGAGCUGCACAUGACCCGCUCCCCACUCUGCAGUGUUAUGUUUAAAGGUCACAUAUCCUCAGUCACCCAGCCAGCCCUUCAGGUGCCUUCUAUUCCCCAGUGCCGAGGCCAGACCGCUGGGGUUUCCUGCUGCAGGAAUUGGGGGCUGGGAACAGCAAGAGGGAUAGAAGUUGGGGAGGGGAGGGUGAGCACUCCUUAGUGUGUGGGAAGGUCCACUGAACUGCACUGGGAUUCUUCACUCUGCCCCUUACUUUCUUUAGGGCAAAUAACACAGCAGAACCAUGUGGGUACUUUAGUACUUUUUUAU